UGGCCCGCCGGAGCUCCGGGCCGUGCGCGCGCUGCGCGCCCGCGGGCGUUCUCCGUUCGUCCGGCGGGUGACUAGCCAGGCUCCCGUGGCCGCGUGCUGGGAAGAGGCUGGAGCCCCGUAGGGAAGAAUGGAGUUGGCAUCUCGCUCGCAGAUCCCCAAAGAAGUGGCUGACAUCUUUAACGCCCCCAGUGAUGAUGAAGAGUUCAUCGGUUUCCGAGAUGAUGUUCCCAUGGAAACCCUCUCAUCAGAGGAGAGCUGCGAUAGUUUUGACUCACUGGAGUCAGGGAAGCAGCAGGAGGUGCGUUUCCAUUCCAAAUACUUCACGGAAGAACUAAGAAGAAUUUUUAUAGAGGACACUGACUCAGAGACGGAAGAUUUUGAAGGAUUUACGCAGAGUGACCUGAAUGUUAAUAGUUCCCCAGAAGUAAUGCUCGUGGAGUCAGAUCUGAGUGAUGACGGUGAAGCAUCUUUUGUGAGUGAGGAAGAGGAAGAUGAUGAAGAGGCAAAGGCUACAUCUAGAAGAAGCAGGCCUAGAAGAAGCAGCAUUGGUCUUCGAGUAGCCUUGCAAUUCCCCACCAAGAAACUGGCCAAAAAAGCCGAUAAGAACACCUCCUCUGAGCCGUUGUUUUCUGGCUCACGCUUACAGGACAAUAAAAGAGCAAUUCUUGGAAGGAAGACAAGCUGCAAACAGAGGAAGGAAAGGGAAGAUUCUGCCUCUGAGUCUGAGGAUGACUCCAGGGAGGAGGGCCAGGACUGCUCGGAUGCUCUGCUGAAAAGGACCAUGAACAUCAAGGAGAACAAAGCCAUGCUUGCGCAGUUAUUGGCGGAAUUGAACUCCAUGCCAGAUUUCUUCCCGGUCCGAACCCCGACCUCGGCUUCUAAGAAGAAGACCUCGAGGCGGGCCUUCUCGGAGGGACAGAUCACGCGGCGCACCAACCCGGCCCGGAGCGCACGGCCUCCCGACAAGUUCGCUCUGGAGAACUUCACCGUCUCGGCCACCAAGUUCGCCGAGGAGUUUUACAGUUUCAGGAGGAGGAAGACGAUGAGCGGGGGAAAAUGCCAGGGAUAUAGACGACGUCACCGUGUAUCUUCUUUUCGGCCAGUGGAGGAUAUCACCGAAGAGGACUUAGAAAAUGUGGCCAUAACCGUUCGAGAUAAAAUCUAUGAUAAAGUUCUGGGAAACACCUGCCAUCAGUGUCGCCAGAAGACCAUUGACACCAAGACGGUGUGUCGGAACCAGAGCUGCGGCGGGGUGCGAGGGCAGUUUUGCGGGCCGUGCCUGCGGAAUCGCUACGGGGAGGACGUGAGAUCAGCGCUGCUAGACCCCGAUUGGAUCUGUCCUCCCUGCCGAGGCAUCUGCAACUGCAGUUACUGUCGGAGGCGUGACGGCCGCUGUGCCACAGGCAUCCUCAUUCAUCUGGCCAAGUUUUACGGUUAUAAUAACGUUAAGGAGUAUCUGGAGAGCCUGCAAAAGCAGCUGGUAAAAGAUAAUUAAGAGAAGGAAGAAUCAGCCAACUCACCGGGGACUACUCUGCAAGACAUGCCAUUUGUGCCUAAGAUUUCUUACGGUUGUAUUUUUAUACAGAUUAUUUUUUGUAGAUCUAAAUACUAUUUUUUAAAGAUUGUUUACGCUUCACAAAGGAUUUCUCAGGAGGACAACAGAGGAAUCUCCACACAUGUAUACCCAGGCCUGUUUGGAUACAGAAUUGUUAAAAGCAUCUGCAGAUGAUUAAAAAGCACGGUUUAAAUGGGGUGGGGUUAAAGUUUCAGGUAGGUUCCAGAGGAAAUAUUGUAUAAGCAGCUCUUGCCUUUGACACUGUUGAAUUAUGUCUGUUGCAUUGACCUUCGACCUCCCAAACAGUAACUCGAGGCCAGGCUGUUACAGGGGUCACAUCCCCUUGAGUUUACCUUAUCACGAGUGACUAUAGUUCAGACCAUGCAGUUGCUCUUUACUUAACCUGCUCUGGGUCAUUGGAAAUUUAUAUUGAAGAAUGUUCCCCUAAAUUACAAAGUGCAAUUAACCGCAGAACUAGAGUCUUAUUUUUACUAAAAACUUGAAAAGUGGACUGUCACAUGACUGACACUGGAGGCCUUAGAGGGCUGCUAGGCAGCAGGAGUGGCUGGCUCUUCAUUCAGAAUUUGCCCACUGCCUGGGGCCAAUUGCUUCUCUCUUUUAAAAGAAUAUAAGGGCUAAUUUUUAAAGAUUUUAAUGUCUAUAAGAACUAGAUACCACGUGUAGAUUGGGAGACUUCCAACCACAUUGUUUUUGAGGUUCAACGUAAAUGUGAGAAAUACUGUACUUUUUUGUGUUGCGGGAUGAGGGCGUCAAGGGGAAUUAGGGAAAACCAAAAAAAAACCUGAAUAAGAUUCUCAGUAGGUGUCCUAUAUGUUUUUCUACAUUUGGUUCUUUUUGUCCCCCUUCUCUACUUUUCAAGGAUGGUAUUUUAAACAAAAAUGCACAUUUAAGUUACUUAAAAGUUACAUAAGCUGGAAUGUUUUAUGCCUCUUAGAAAGAAUAAUUACUGUUCACGGGAACAAUGGCAGAGCCUCACUGUGCUCCAGCUGAGCCUGGAGGAAGAGGAGUCCCAGCGCCAGGGCUGUUUUAUGCUUCUAGCAGCAGAGCCACGCCCGCCAGAACCCACUUGGCCGUCUUCUCUUUGCUCUUCAGCCUGAAGGUCCACACAUAGUUGGGGCCCCUCAUUUUGGUUCUAUACACAGGACACUCGUAGGUGUGUUUGGUUUCCUGUCUGUCCAUGGGGAUGGCUUUUGCAAAGAUGACUGGCAUCGCGGACCUUAACUCUUUGAGGUGGGCGUCAACAAUGGUUCCUGACUGGCUGUCCCACCUGGCACCUACGGCAGAAACACAGGGGUUGCAACUGGGCUGCAUGUUGGUACCAAUCCUCUAAUUGUUGGAGGCAAUAAAUAUUCCGGUUUUGUCACA